AUGGUCAUCAUCUCGCCGCGCAAGUCGAAGGACGCCAUCGGCCCCUGGCCGACGGAGAAGGCCCGGGAGAUCGAUUCCUGGCUCAAGAACAAGUGCCCGCAGCGCCUCUUCGGCGGCCAGGCCGCCGUCGAGGGCAUGGUCAGCGUGCUCCACGCCUGCCUCGCGCGGGGCGACGCGGCGACGAAGCACGAGGAGAUGGCCCUCUGCUGGGCGCACGUCGCCCUGGAGCUCAAGGCGUCGACGGCGUCCGCGGGCGACUUCCACAAGAUGUGGGUGGAGAAGGUCCUCGCCGGCACCGCGGGCGAACUCAAGACGUCCGCGCACGCCGCGGCCCAGGCCGGCGGCGCGCCCCCGGAGACGCGCGACGCGGCCACGGAGAUGCUCUCGCCCGCCGAGGCCUACGCCCUCGACACGCUGCGGGAGGCGAGCGAGCAGGGCAGCCCGCUCGCCGCGCCGCCGCAGCUCAAGCUCCCGCAGCUCGACCUCGCCAAGGCCGACGGCGGCGGCCCCCGGAGCCGCACGGAGCGCGAGGGCCGGCGGAGCGCGAAGCCGACGCUCUCCGCGCGGCGCACCCAGUCCGCGCGGGGCAGCGGCCUCGACUCCGCGCGGAGUCAGUUCGGCGACGACGAGCCGCCGCCCCAGGACAAGGCCGGCCGCAAGAAGCGGCCCGGUCGCCAGCUGAGCCGCAUGUCCAUGCUCGAGCGCCAGGCCCACUGCGCGGAGAAGAAGCGGGAGAAGCUCGACGCGCAGCGCGCCGAGAAGGAGCAGCGCGAGGCCGACGAGCUGUCCUUCGCGCCGAAGCUCCACCGCCGCAUCUCCGCGCCGCCGCCGCCGCGGCGCGAGGCGUCGAAGCAGGACGUGCUCAAGGAGAAGAACGGCGAGCCCAAGAAGAAGCGGCCCGCGGCCCUGCGCAAGAAGCGGUCGUCGAAGAGCAACGCCGCGAGCGCGCCGUCGCGCGAGCCGUCGCCGGCGGCGGGCGAGGACGCCAAGCCCCGGCUCUCGCCGCGCACGGGCCUCGCGCGCCGCCGCCGGAGCUCGGCGCCGCCGCCGGACGAGAACGCGGCGCCCGCCGAGGCGGCGCGCGCCGACGAGCCCGCGCGCGCCGGCGAGCCCGCCGCGGAGCCGUCGCCGGAGAAGCCGCCGUCGCCGGAGGAGCCCGCGCCGGCGCCGUCGCCGGAAAAGCCCGCGACGCCGCCGCAGCCGACGUGCGAGUUCGACCGCGUCGACGACGGGCGCGCCUACGUGCGCCUGCGCAAGCCCGGCGACAUCGACCCGCGGAACAUCUUCCGCAAGCGCGCGGGCAAGCUGGGGCACGACGGCGCGACGCUGUCCGUCGGCCGCGACGACAAGGGCAGGGAGCACGUGCUCCAGGUCAUCCUCGACGCGGACCGCUACACGCCCGAGCAGGCGCACGCCUACCUCCUCCAGCACCACCACGCCGACUACCUCGCGAAGCGCGAGCGCGGCGGCGACUGCGCCAGCGUCUGCAUCGUCGGGUCGCCGCCCUCGUCGCCGUCGCGGAGCGAGAACGCGAACGGGAUCACGGAGCUCUUCUGGUGGCCCGUGCAGUUCGUCACGGCCGCGGACCCCGUGCCCGGCCAGGACUCGGACUCGAAGGACUCGACCUCCUCGUACCAGGAGAACAUGACGCCCCAGUGGGCCUCGACGUCCUUGUGGGACGUGCACGCCGCGUGGCACUCCGCGAAGGGCGUCUCCGCGGAGCAGUACUGGGGCAUCUCGAGGUCGCCGGACCGGUACAUGUCCUUGAGCGAGUUGUGCGUCGCCGUCCACUGGUUCGCCGCGACGGCGAUGUUCGCCCACCGGCCCUCGUCGAUCGUCAGCGUGUCGCGGUUGACGCCCCCGAGCCAGGACGCGUCGAAGAUCGGCGACCGCCACACGCUCGACAGGUUCCCGCUGUCGAGGAGCCACUUGUCGAUCGUGAAGUCCCAGUACGGCAACGACACGCGCGCGUCGACCGCCUGCAUGGCCUGCUCGAACAUGAGGGACAGGCCGCUGUGCAUCGUCAAAAAGCCGAGGCCGUCGUGCAUGUGGUCGCAGGUCACGUCCGACGACAGGGCGACGGACGUGCCGUUCUCGUCGGCCGCGGUGAGAGAGAUCGCGUACGCGUUGCGCACGCGGAAGGACAGGGGCGUGCCGGCGGCCACCGCGGCGGCUUUGUGGGACCGCGUCGCGCGCAGCGUCGAGGCGCCGGCGUCGGGCUUGAGCCAGGCGUAG